GGAGGUAGAAGAGAAGGCGUGAUUCUAUAGUGUGGAGAUCGGAUUGGAGAGGCAUGAGCGAGGCAUUGGUGAGGAGGGGCUACCAGAUCGGCGUGGAGAUCGGGCGGGGGCGGUUCGGGGUGGUGAGGCGGUGCCGAUCGGAGGCGACCGGGGAGGAGUUCGCCGUAAAGUCGGUCGAGAAGCGGGUCCUGGCGGACGCCGUCGAUCGCGAGUGCGCGGCGCGGGAGGCGAAGGUCCAUCGCCUGGCCGCUUCAGGGAACCCCCACGCAGCGCAGAUUCACGACGCGUACGAGGACGACGACUGGGUUCACCUGGUGGUGGAGCUUCUCGAGGGCCCGGAUCUCUACGACCGGAUCGCCGCUCGCGGGGGAGCGCCGUUCCCGGAGCCGGAGGCGGCGGCGGUAGUGCAAGCGCUGGCGGAGGCCGUGGCGGCGUGUCACCUGCGGGGGGUGGCGCAUCGGGACGUGAAGCCGGACAACGUUCUCUUCGACGCGCUGGGGCAGCUCAAGCUGGUCGACUUCGGGUCGGCGGAGUGCUUCCUGGGGGCGGAUGGGGGACGGGCGCCGAUGAGGGGGCUGGUUGGGACGCCGUGGUACGUGGCGCCGGAGGUUGUGAUGGGGCGGGAGUACGGGGAGAAGGUGGACGUGUGGAGCGCUGGGGUGGUGAUGUACAUGAUGCUUUCGGGUGGAGCGCCGCCGUUCUACGGGGAUACGGCGGCGGAGACCUUCGAGUUGGUGGCCAGGGCCAACCUGAGGUUCCCAUCGAGGGUUUUUCGCUCGGUAUCGCCGGCAGCCAAGGACCUGCUGCGGCGGAUGCUCUGCAGGGACGUCUCGAGAAGGUUCUCCGCCGAGCAAGUCCUCAGGCAUCCUUGGAUCACAAGUGGAGGGUUGAGUACGGUUGAGGGAGCAAGCCGAGAUCCAUCGCUUGCCACGGAGAGGCCCGAAGGCCCGCUGCUUCGUCUAUGCGCGUAGCUCGCACCGAACGCCGACCUUGAAGCUUGAACCAUGUACGGGACAACGAGAGAGAUGGGAUUCCUACACCGGAGUUGUACAUUGAAGCGUGCAAACCUUCGACGGACGUCCAUUUUCCGUUAGUACGAUCCUUUUCCUUCUCCAUUUAAUAGAGAUUUCGUGUUGUACUGAGGCCAAUGAUGAAAACUCCUAUUAUACUCCACCUUAAAUGGGACGGGUAUCCGAUA